UGACUGGCUGGAUUUUCAAAUUGUAUUUUGGGGGAAAAAUUAGGGUUUCCCCUUUCUAUAAAUAGGAAGGUUUGACUUCAUUUUUGCUUUCACACCGUUGCGAAUCUUGGAGAAUCUCUGGACUUUUGACUCUAAAAGACUUUUAAAACUUUGACUUUUGUCAAGCAUCCGACACUCGGCCUUUCCUGCCGACUGCUUCAGCCAACCAGGCGUCUCAAGUACCUUCUUCUAAGGUAAUCGCAUGCUCUUUUCUUUUUUUUUCUUGUGUUUUUUGUUUAUUCAAAUGGUUUCCCAAACGUACACGGCACGACCUAGGUUAGCGAUCAGCCAGUCACCGGGGACGGCUGAAUCUAGAACUAGGAGUGCCGAAUGCUCGUUCGAUAACUUUCCUUUAAGUGCAUCUCCGAAUCCGAUAGUGUCUGUGCAUUUGUAGGACACAAUGGCUCGAAUAAAGCAAACAACAAGGAGAUAUAGGCCGGAUGGUUCCUUUUACCAUUCGGACAGUGAGACUCCAACUUCAGGCGGCUCCAUUAGGGUGCCAGUCCCCAAACCCCUCUUCUGACCUUCCCCCUACUCCAACCUAUUACUCUCCCUCUUCUUCAAGCGGCACCCCCAAUGAUACUAUACUGCGGGAAGCCGACAGUCAGUACCAGGCCGAGCCUUCAGAACAGGCGCCUGAGGAGAGUCUAGGGGAGGACCCUGCUGGCCCUAGCCGGCAGUCCCUUAGCUCUGGGGAAGGUUCUGAUGACGAUUUGGCCUCGUCAUCCUCUAAUAGCGCCUCUGUUGAGUCAGAGGAGGUCCGAGCAAAAAUAGAUACUACAAGGGAGUCCUUGUUAGUAGAAAAGGGGGAAGGCUGGGCGGAGCCGAGUGCUUCCAGGCGCUUGGAGCGCGCCCCCUAUUUUCACCAUGUCCCACAGCGCAAGCGGGCCUCCAUGACAUCCGGCCUUGCCAAUUACAGGCGCAAGGUCGUAAUGGGACAUGGCUUCUUCUUAUCCGUCCCCAACAAGGAGGAUACAAUAACCUGGCCCUCUCUGGCCAGUUAUAAGGACAAAGCCUUCGGCUUACGCUUCCCUCUCCAUCCGGUCGUGGAGAGGAUACUGGAUGGAUACCAACUGGGUAUCUGGCAACUUGUCCUGAAUUCAUGGAUAAAUAUCAUCGGGUACGUUGCCGCAUGUGAAAUGCUGGAGAUGGAUCCCAGCUUUGAGACAUUCACCCACAUGCACUAUCUCAGCCGAGCGCCUGCCAAGGGCGGCGAAGGCUGGUACACCUUGACCACUUGCAAGGGGUACAUGAUGGCAGUCGGCAAAGAGAACAAAUGGAAGGACUGGAGAACUAAGUUCUACAUUGUCCAUUCCCCUGAAAGCCGACUGAACCAAAAAUACAAUCGGUGGAACAAGGAUCCGCCCCUUCUGGCUGGCAAGAGUGCCUUGCCCCCUCUCCCUAGGCGGGCCCAGGAGGAAAUUUUUGACCGGGGUCUGUUUGCAGUGUCUGUUCAGACAAACGAGCAUGGGGAGAAAAUAGUCGUCCCCCAGAGCUACAUUCCCCUUUACAAAUGGCUAGAAGAUGGGGUGUUCUUGGCCGCUUGUGGUCUAAGUUCUGAGAUGCCGAGAGGUAGUCGGUCGUCUGUCUUUAAGUAAACUUAAAAUUGUUUUCAGUGUAUGCUUAAUAAGCCUAACUCCCUCUUUUUGGUGCAGACAAAGCAAUGGAAAAACUCUCGGCAACAAAGAAGCCGUCUGCCGUCUCUGUAGCAAAGUACCGCACCAACGUCCUUAACAGGGCGAAUGACCAGCAGAAAGCAGCCGGAACUCCCAAGGUAGCUGUUUAUGAUACUUGGAAUAUUUUUCAACAAAGGUUAAAUUUUGUCCGCCUGCUUUUCUGACGCCUUUCUUUUCGUCCAAAAAGAGUGGUUAUGUCAGGCCUUCUUCCUCCAAACAAUCCCAACCCAAAAUUCAAGAGAGGGUGAUGUCAGCAAACACCGGAAACACAUUACUCAAAAGUCCAAGAGAGGGGACGACUCUACUCUCGAAGCUGGCAGGGAGGUCAGCAAACCGGAUGCUAUUCAGGCAUCAAAGGGUGGCUUUAAGCAACCCAGCACUGAUGUCGGCUCAGCAGGAGAAAAGAGACGUCAGGGGAAGGAGAAGGAGGAGGAGGCCCAACCGGACGCCCCCCCAUAAAGGCUGACCGUUGUCCAGAUGGCCAAGGAGAUGCUACGGUCGCUUGAUCCUAAGGACAGGGCGUCCGUAAGAGGAGUCGGCACCCUUAACUUGGAUGCCAUCUUGAAGAACCUCUGCGAGGUAAAAGAGUUAGCUAAAUUUUCCAUAAUAUUUAACACAUAUCCAAUUGGUUUUGACCAUUCGGUCUUUUCUUAUUUCCAGGCCAUGCUGCGCGUCCAAGGGCUCAAACGACCAAUCUAGGAAAAAUCAAAAGAGGUAACAGCCGCUAAAGCUCGAGCCGAUUCCGCCUUAGACCGAGCUUAAUUUGAAAUUGCUCACAAUGAGCUUCUGACCCUUGAUAUGAUGUAUUCCCAGGUGGACGCCAACCUGCAGGUGAAGAAGGACCUGGAUUCGGCCCGCUCCAAAGUCAAUGAACUUAAGGCCGAAGUUAAAGGCCUUAAGGAAAAACUUGAGCCUCUUCAAGAGGCCAAGAAUGAGGCCGAGAGGGCCAAGGAGCGGGUGAGCCGCCUGGAGGGGCUCCUGGCGAACCAGGAGCAGCAGCUGAAGGCCAAGUUCGGGUCCCAGGCUGAGGAGGAGAAACAGGCCCUUGUCCAACAAAUGAUGGAAGACUACGAAUCCAUCAUGCGGGCGAUAUUGGAGGCGGUACAGCCGGGUGCUGAUUUUGGCAUCUGGAAAUCCAAGUUUGAUCAGGCAAACGAGGAUUACAAUGCUGAACUCCUUCGCCGGGCUGACGAGGAGGAUGCGGAUGGUGAAGAGGCCGACUCCUCUUCAGGCUCCUCCGGGGAUGAAGACGGGGAAGAGGAUGGUGAUGACAAUGAAGAGCAGCCGGCAACUGAUGAUGCGGCUGCCAAUGCUGGCAAUCGCUCUGCCCCUUGAAGCUUUUUAGUAGUUAUGUCUGCAGCCGAAUGGCCAUUAAUUUCAUCUUCCGGCCUGCGUGCUGAGUAUCCAUGUAUCUUUACCGACCGAGGGGUCGGGUGAUUUUGACAAUUCCCCUGGCUUUGCCAACUAACAAUCUUACCCAAUCGUCUGAUGGCGAUUGGGCCUUUUUAAUUUUAAAUCAUUCGGCCAUUGGCUGAAGUUAUUCAUAUUGCUGUUCUUUAAAUUUUUUCAUUGCAUGUUUUUUGGCUAAGUAUUAUAACCUGUAUAGCAUGCGAAUGUUCUUGCCCUGGACGGAUGUCGAGUGGUUUCGGUUGAGUGUAUUGAUUGGCUUAGAAAUUAUUGAUACUUAGAAGAGUAUACAUGGUUUCUAAGUCAAUCAAUCACUAUGGUGAUUGCCCCUAACCAUGCGACAGACAGCCAUCAGGAGCGAACGAAUAAUUAUUUUCAUUCAGCCAUUGGCUCAGGCGAAAUAUAAUAUUUUUGACUUAGAAAAUUUGGCUAAAAAGAAAUCCCUCGCCUGUUUUGUUCCAAGAACUAAAAGCAGGCGCAUUCGGCCUUAGGCCUUGACGAGAUAAGGUGCUAUGUUUUAACUUAGUCUUGAUUUUUCUUUAGAAUAAUCCGUCUGUCUUUCCCCAAGAGCAAAGAACAGGCGCAUUCGACCCACAAGUCUCUGUUUUAAUAUGCUAAGUGUUUUAGCUCGUUUUCUCGUAAGUAAUAGUCCGCCUAUUCUGCGUCCGGACAGAAACAGGCGUAUCUGGCCAAAGGCCUCAUUAGGUGACUUGUAGGUCAGUAAAAGUUUUCCGCCUGUCCUGCCUUAGAGCAAAAACAGGCGCAUCUGACCUAAUGCCUCAAUAGUUUCUACUUGUGAAAUAGUGAUCCCUAUUCCGACUGUGCUAGAACAGUUAGAAAAUUCUUGGCCUCUUGGAUUUCACUUUCGAUUAAAACAAACGACUUCAAAUGCUGCCUUAGCAUUUGGUAGGGCCGCUUGAUGUAUUUGUAGAGCAAGUGCCACCCAAAUGGGAGAUGCUUCUCCUCGACGAAUUCGCCCGAAUGGGCGUUGCCGGUUAUCUGACUCAUGUUGGAGCAGACGGUCAUACUCAUAUUGGAGUAGACUGUGACCAUUCGGCUUCUAUGCGUUUUUCUUAAUAUCCGGUCAUUGGCCUCAAAAUGAUUUAAGCAAAUAUUCGUUAAUGUAGACACCCAUUUGUGUCUCCCCAAAACCAAACCCAGUGAUGAGUACCUUUCACGUCGAAUCAUAAUCG